AUGUCGCUGGCCGAGCCACCGCACACCAUGGAGAUAGCCCAGAUUCUGAUGUCGCUGUUGCACGCCUGGGGCCUUGACCCCGAUCUGGACCGAGUUUGUGAGUCCAAGCUGGGCCUGCUCCGCCCUAUGGUUCCCGUGUGCUUCGGCGUGGUGUCCCGUCACGGCCACAUGGCGGUGCAGCUGCCCACCUGGCUCGGGAGCUGGGCGGAGGCGGCCGCCGCCGCGCCCACCGACCAGGCCCUCCUGAGCUCCGAUCUGCCGCCAGAGCUGCUGAGACAGGAGAAACUCACCAGGCUGUUCACAUCGAAGCUGCACUGGGAGCUCAGCACGACUCUUACUACCAAUCACCUGCUGUCGAUCGUUGCGUUGGCCAACACGCUGAUGUCAAUGAGCAACGCCAGCUUCGUGCCAGAGCAGGAGGUGGCCAGACGGCUGCACAGGCCUACCACUCGCACCUCGUCGUGGGGCGGUGACGAGGAACGAGAGGAACAGCUGGCGGCACAGCAGGCGCACAUCAAGCAGGGCUGGUCGCUUCUAGCCACCCUGCACUGCGUGCUACUGCCUGACAAAGUGGUCGCGGCCGGUGCUAAGAACUUCAAACGUCCGCAAGUGGAGAUGUUGGCACGAAGGUGGCAGCACCAGUGUCUAGAAGUGCGUGACUCCGCGCAAGCUCUGCUGUUAGCAGAACUUGGCAGACUCGGUCCGAAGGGCCGCAAGCAGCUGGUCGAUAACUGGGCUCAGUUUUUGCCAUUGUACACGCACACUGAGAGCAUCAACCCCCACGCCGCGCAAAAGGAGCCCGUUGAGAAGCAAGAGGAAGAGUCGGAGGAAGAAGAGGAGGAGAUAGUCAGGAAGCCCUCAUCUCUUGCCGAGCUCAAGAGGAAGCAGACAACGGCCGUGGUGUUGCUCGGUGUCAUCGGAGCCGAGUUUGGACAGGACAUCGCCAGUGAAGGUGCCGCCGGCAGCAAGAGACGCAAGGACUUGGACAGUAGAAAGAGUUCGAUAGUGGAAGGGUUCACUCUGAGCGCGUCGAACAACCUGGCGCGGCUGACAGCCCUGGCUCUGACGCACCUGCUGCUAGCCCCGGGCAGCCCUAAGCUGCCGCUGCACACGCCGCUGAGACGCGCCGCCGUCGACCUCCUCGGCAGGGGAUUCGCCGUCUGGGAGCCUUACCUGGACGUCAGCCACGUCCUAUUGGGUCUACUCGAAAUGUGCUCUGACGCUGACAAGCUGGUGCCGUCGAUGACGUACGGUCUGCCACUCACUCCUCAGGCGGACAGCUGCCGAACCGCGCGCCAUGCUCUUACCCUGAUCGCCACCUCAAGGCCGGGCGCGUUCAUAACGACGAUGGCGCGCGAGGUGGCCCGAUGCGCGGCCGCCGCGGCCGGCGCCCCGCCCCCGCCCGCCGCGCUCGCGCUGCACCGCGGCCGCGCCGAGGUGCUGCGCGGCAUCGAGCUGCUCAUCGACCGCAUGCACGCCGAGGUCGCCGAGCUGCUCGUCGAGGUGAUGGACAUCAUCCUGCACUGCGUAGACCAGUCCCACCUGAAGAGCAAAGGGCUGAACGAGGUGUUCCCUGCCAUCUGCCGCUACAACCAGGUGUCGCACUGCCCGGCCACUCGGAGGAUCGCAGUCGGCAGCCACACGGGGCAGCUGGCGCUGUACGAGCUGCGCGCCGGGCGCUGCCAGUCGCUGGCGGCGCACGGCGGGCCCGUGACGGCGUGCGCCUUCAGCCCCGACGGCCGCUACCUCGUCUCCUACGCCACGGCCGACAACCGCCUCUCCUUCUGGCAGAGCACCGCCGGCAUGUUCGGGCUGGGCGCGGCGCAGACCCGCUGCGUGAAGUGCUACAGCACUGCGCCCAUGGCGGACGUGGCGCGGCUCAACCCCGCCCGCCUCGCGCGCCUCGUGUGGAACAACUCGCGCACCGUCACGCUCAUGCUGGCCGACGGCUCCGAGACGAGAUUCAACGUC